CGCGCGGCCGGAAGCGGAAGCGGGGUCGCGACGAUCAUGGUGCCGCUGGGGCGGGGAAGGAGCCGCCGCCGGCACCCGAUGAGUUGUUCCGGCCGGAGCUCCCGGUAGCGCGGUGAGAGGCGCGGAGCCAUGGGCGAGAACAGUCCCGAGGACAACGCCAUCUACUAUGAAGGGGAGGAAGACGACUUAGCCCAAGAUGGAAAUAUGAUGAAGUUUGCUGACAAAAAUGGGCUGGUGUCCUCCUCGUCCGGGACGGUGUAUGACAGGACAACUGUGCUCAUAGAGCAGGACCACAGUGUGCUGGAAGAUGAGGAGGAUGAAGGACAGUGUGGUGAUCACUUGCCUUUUUUACCCGAGGGUCACGAAGAAGGAUUUCAUUUAUUAGCAGAUCAUGAAGGGAUGUCACAGGGUUAUGUGCAACAUAUUAUUUCUCCAGAUCAGAUUCAUCUAACAAUAAAUCCUGGUUCAACUCCCAUGCCAAGAAACAUCGAAGGAGCAACACUCACUUUGCAGUCUGAGUGCCCAGAAACCAAGCGUAAAGAAGUUAAGCGCUACCAGUGCACCUUUGAGGGCUGUCCCCGCACCUACAGCACCGCUGGCAACCUGCGCACGCACCAGAAAACCCACCGGGGGGAGUACACCUUCGUCUGCAACCAGGAGGGCUGUGGCAAGGCCUUCCUCACCUCCUACAGCCUCAAAAUCCACGUCAGGGUGCACACCAAGGAGAAACCAUUUGAGUGCGACGUGCAGGGCUGUGAGAAAGCAUUCAACACACUGUACAGGUUGAAAGCACAUCAAAGGCUUCACACAGGGAAAACAUUUAACUGUGAAUCAGAAGGCUGCAGCAAAUACUUCACAACGCACAGUGACCUGAGGAAGCACAUUCGAACACACACAGGAGAAAAGCCAUUUCGGUGUGAGCAUGAUGGCUGUGGGAAGGCUUUUGCUGCAAGCCACCACCUCAAAACACACGUUAGAACACAUACUGGGGAGAAACCCUUCUUCUGUCCCAGUAAUGGUUGUGAGAAGACUUUCAGUACCCAGUACAGUCUCAAGAGUCACAUGAAAGGUCAUGAGAAGGGCCAUACCUAUAAUGCACUUCCCAAUAACAAUGUGUCUGAGGAUACAAGUCACUCACUUUGUCUGAGUGAUUUAAGCCUCAUAUCAACAGAUUCAGAAUUGCGGGAGAACUCUAAUCAAACACAGGGACAGGACCUCAGCACAAUCUCACCAGCAAGCAUCUUUGAGUCUAUGUUUCAGAGCCCAGACCACACUGCAAAUCGGGAUGACUCCCGGCAGACAGCGUCCUUGAUUGAAAGGUUUAACGGUGACUCAGAGUCAGCCGCUGCGGUCCCGCCCCCAGCAGGAGACGCAGCCUCGUUGUCCCUCCCGCUGGUCCUGCAGCUCGGCCUCCCUGAGCCCGCGCAGGCAGCGCUGCAAGCCUCGGCUGCACCCUCUGCUCCCUCCUCCAUAGCACCCAGCUCACAGCCAGCUGCGUUUGGGAAUCCUGCAACUGUUUUACAAUCCCCAGAAGUGCCUGUUCCUCACAGCACACCGUUUGCAGCCAGUCACCAAGACUUCCUGCAGCGCACCCAGCCUCCGCCGCAGCCCAUGGUACAGGGACUGUCAGUGGUUGCUGGGGCUCCUGCCCCUACAGCCCCGAGUGCCACUGAGCCCCUGCCAGCUGUAGUUCAGACUGUGCCUGUUGGUGCAAACCCUGUUUUGACCAGUAACCCCACUAUAACCAUUACUCCUUCUCCAAGCACCGCCAUUCUGCAGUCCAGUAUUGUCAUGGGAGAGCAGAACUUACAAUGGAUCUUAAAUGGUGCCACUGGUUCCCCACAAAGCCAAGAACAAAUGCCACAAGUUCCUAAAGUAGAAAAGGUGUUUUUUACCACUGCAUUACCAGUAGCUGGUAACACAGGAAACCCCGUUCAGCAGAUUGGUCUCAGCGUUCCUGUUAUUAUCAUAAAGCAGGAGGAGGCCUGCCAGUGCCAGUGUGCCUGCCGAGACUCUGCCAAGGACAAAGCCACCUCCACGGUUAAGAAGGAAUGUUCCUCACCGGAUUCAAAAGCUUUGGAGCAGCCAGCUUCCCAGCUGCAGCCUAAGACCUUUCCUUCCUCCUCUGCUCCUCCUUCUUGUGGGCAGAGCAGUCAGAUAGUUAACUCUUCAGACUCCCAGACUGAAACGUUAAGUGCCAUGGAUGUAUCGGACUUCCUGUCCCUCCAAAGCCCUGAAACCCCAUCUAAUAUAAUUCCAAUCGAAGCACUACUGCAGGGUGAGGAAGAAAUUGGUAUGAAUAGCAACUUCUCUAAGUGAAGAUGUUCCAGAUUUUCCUUUGCACCUGGAGGGUAAAACCCUUCUCCUUAGAAGCAGAAACUGAAGGAUCGAUUCCUAUUCCUUCCUCUUUGGAAGUUUUGUGGCUUAUUUCUGCUUCAUGGAUGUCAUCUUAGUCACGUCCCAGGUACAUCCACCUUUGAGAUUCUAUCUUAAAAAAAAAGAAAAGG